AUGGCUUUCAUUCCUUGCUGGGCAUUGGUAUUAGUGGGUUAUCUUUCUACCUCUGUAGUAGGAGCUCCUAACCUUUCAAGUUUCUAUCCCCCUCUAUGGGAGGAGAGUCCUGGCCAGUUCAGUGACUACAAGGUGGAGAAUGGAAAAUACAUUAUUGAUCCCUGGGUCUACACUAGCAGAAUGGGGAUGUAUAAAAUUCUGCUGAGCCAGACAGCCACAUAUUUUGCAAAAUUUGCUCCAGAAAAUGAGCAAAAUGUCUUAUGGGGACUGCCUUUGCAACUUGGCUGGCAAUUCAGAUCAGGCAGAUCAGCUGAUCCUACCAGAAAGACUAACUGUGGUUAUGAAUCAGAAGAUAAUCUGUGUAUCUCUGCAGACAGUUGGUGGACUGAUAUAAAUUAUUUUCUGUGUGCAAUACCUUUCCUUUCUGCGGUUGAUUCUGGCAUCAUGGGGAUAUCACCCGAUCAAGUCACACUACUGCCACCACCCAAGGAUCAGCAGAGGUUUUGUUACAAUGUUUCUGGCUGUCGUUCAUCCCACACUGAGAUGAUGAACCAAUGGAAUGCUUUUUAUCAGUAUCUGAAGUCACCUUCCACUAACUUUGAUGAUAUCUUGAGAUACCUAUGGACUGCACAUACCUCCUCCUUGGAAGGAUCUCUUGGCAAUUUUGAAGAUAAAAUUCUUUACUAUUCCAAACCAGAAGCAGAUUUUGAGAAAAGUUGGUGUGUUGUUGUGAAUUAUUUAGUGGCAUCCUUGUAUCCCCCUACCUUGAUCAGAACACAUAACUUCGAGAAGGGCCUGCCACCACGAGUUCUUCUUAAGACUGACAUAGCCCCAUUCAUCAAGGGCUUUACUCCUCUCCAAAAUGUAGUCGUGCUCUCACUGAAUGGUCUCAGGAAACUGGAUGAAUCAACAGAUUCAGAAUCGUUGACUGUUUGGGAAACUUUAAUGAAGACCAAGACUGCAAGGAAGCUAGUGCUGCUGUUAAUGGAAAUAUUUAUUGAAAUAGCUACUUAAAACUUUAAAAAAUGGAUGGGGGGCUGGGAAGAUGGUUUAGUG